AUGGAGGCCGUGAGCGCGCUGCUGGCCGGCUGCCCCACGGGCGGCCUGGCCGGCGGCCUCGGGGUCACGGUGUGCGCCGCCGCCGGCGUGCUGCUCUACAGGAUCGCGCGCAGGAAAAAGCCGACACACACAACUGUCAACUGCUGGUUCUGUAAUCAGGACACCGUGGUGCCCUACGGGAACCGGAACUGCUGGGAUUGCCCCAACUGUGAACAGUACAAUGGCUUCCAGGAGAACGGUGACUACAACAAGCCGAUCCCUGCCCAGUACCUAGAGCAUCUGAACCACGUGGUGACCAAUGUCACCCCCUUCUGUGACAGCCCCCAGCCCCAGCAGUGGGUGAGCAGCCAGGUCCUGCUGUGUAAGAAGUGUAACAACCAUCAGACCACCAAGAUCAAGCAGCUGGCAUCCUUCGCCCCCAGGGAGGAGGGUAAAUAUGAUGAAGAAAUCGAAGUCUACAGACACCAUCUGGAGCAGAUGUACAAGCUGUGCCGGCCCUGCCAGGCGGCUGUGGAAUAUUACAUCAAACACCAGAACCGGCAGUUGCGGGCUCUGCUGCUCAGCCACCAGUUCAAGCGGCGGGAGACGGACAAGACCUACGUGCAGAGCUUCUGUUCUUCACCAGUGACUGCUCCAGCCCAGGUCAUCCUCCUUCGUUUCCUCGCCUUCCUGAUCUGCAGCUUCCUGCUAGUCACUGCCCUGUACGGCUCUGGCCAUCCCUUCUCCCCAGCCACCUCCUGGACCCCUGCUCUGCUGGCAGGGGGAAACAUGUCUUCCUCUGGGACCUCUGCCUCGUCCAACACCACCGCUGAUCCGGGGGCCCUGGGCUGGCAGCAGCUGCUCCACCUGCUUCCUGAGCAUGUGCUGGAGAAGCUCUGUGAGGCCUGGGACUUGGGCCAGAGCCACCAGAUGGUGGUGGUGGCAUUGGGCCUGCUCACCUGCCUUCUGGCCAUGCUGCUGGCUGGCCGCAUCAGGCUCCGGAGGAUUGACGCCUUCUCUUCCUUCCUGUGGUUUCUGGUCCUGGGGCUGCACCUGGUGGAACGCUACUUAGAGAUGGCCCCCCCCAGCUGGCUGGACACACUCAAGUUCAGCGCCACGUCCCUGUGCUGCCUGGUGGGCCUCACUGCAGCUGUGGCUACACGCAAAGCAACGGGCCAGCGGAGAUACCGGCCCCGAAGGUAUCUCUCGGGAGACUCCAGCUCCUUCUUCCCCAGCAGCAGUGGACUGGCCUUCCCAUACCCUUCGGUGUCACCGACUCUGUUCGUCCCAGCCCCACCCACCUUAUUCCAGCUCACCAACCAGCAACUGUUCAGGUCUCCACGACGGACGUCCUCUUCCUCCCUGCCGGGACGACUCAACAGAGCCCUUUCUCUGGGGACCAUCCCCUCCCUGACCCGAGCAGAUUCAGGAUAUCUUUUCAGUGGGAGCCGCCCACCAUCUCAGGGAUCUCAGUCCAAGGAGGCGCCUGUGUCAGAUUACUUCACUCUGCUGUCUGGGAGCGGUGUGCCAUCCCCUCUCCCUUCCCCAGCUCCCUCCGUGGCAGAGUCUGUGGGCUCUAGCUCCGGUUCCCUUCGCCUCCGCCGGCCACUCAUCAGCCCAGCCCGCCUCAACUUGAAGGGGCAGAAGCUUCUGCUUUUCCCAUCCCCCGGGGAGACCCCCCACACCCCCAGCAGCUCCGAUGAGCCCAGCCCUGCUGAUGGCAGUCUGCUCAGCCCAGAGUUCUCUCGAUUUCCUAGCAAGAGGCAACCUGCACAGGGUCUCCAGACCAUGCGUGACCUGCGGUCCUGCAUCGAGAACAGCAGCAUCUGCAGUGACCACUCCAUCAAAAAAGAGGACGGCUCGUCGAACUCGUCGGCCUGCGUGGUAGACACCACUACCAAAGGGUGCCCGGAGGAGGCCGCGGGCUGGAGAGCUCAUUUUGGCAGCUCUGUAGUGCGAGGCCUCCUGGCGGUGAGCCUGGCAGCCAACGUGCUCUUCACUUCCGCCUACCUGUACCAGAGUCUCCGCUGAGCCCCGCUGCCCCAGCUCCGGGCCUCUCUUGUGCUCAGACUGCCCAGCCAGCAAGAGGGGCAUGGGGUCAGCAGCUCCCCGAGUCUGUGACGCAUGCUGUUGUGGAUCCUGCUGCCUCCCCACCCUCCCUUCCUCUCCCCGUGGGCCUUUCUCAUCUCUACAGCCGAAUGCUUGUUGCUUCCCAACCACCAAAGACAGCGGGGCGAGUGGUGAGGACCUCACCUUGAGUCCGCUUCCUCCCCUGCUGAUGUCUCUGGCUCUUUUUUCUCAAACCCCUGUGGCCUCUGUGUGGUGUAUUCAGGAUUGGAAGCUGCUUCUGAGGAAAGAGAACACAAGCUAUCUCAAAUGGAAGAGACCCAGCCAGCUCUUGACACAAAUUGGGGACCCUUAGUCCCCCUUCCUCUCCCCCUUCUCUUUUUGCCCAUUUUCUGGACAAGGUGUCUGCUUUGCCCAAGGACUCAGACUCUUAGAUACCACAUGGUCUGAGCCCUGCCUCAGGGCCCUCUCUGGGUGGCACCACUGCUAGGAUGCUAGUCUGUAGCAGGGUCCUGCCCUGGCCCAAUGGGGACACCAGUCACAACCAGCCAUACUGUCGUGCUGUCCUGCCCUCCAGGGACAGCUUUCCCAAGAUCAAGCUGGCUCACAUGGGGCUUGGUUUGGGAGCAGGGAGGAGACGGGACCUUCCUGAGGUCUCAGCUGGGCACACUUUGUGCUCCUUGGUUCUUGGAAGCACAUGGGGUGGGGGUGCUUCUUUCUAGAACCAGAAAAGUUUAUGGAUUUUAGGCCCCUUGGAUGGGAAGCACAUCAUCCUAAGAACAAGCAUCCUCUGCUGUCUGCCUGGAGUGAGCAGGUUCUGUUUGCUGUCUCCUGCUGGGAUGGUGAAAUCUGCUUUAUGCCAAGAAAACACCUUCCUCUGCCACCAGGACAUGGGGCUUCUGUCCCCACUCCCUCUCCCUCUCCCUCAUCCCUUAGGGGACCGCCCAAGCAGCCAAACAGCGCCCGUAAAGAUUCUGCAUUUUGUCCCAGCUAGCAUGCUGGCUCCUCCCACCCCACCCCCAACAAUAGUCCUGUUCAGCAGUCAGACUUCCUCCCUGUGUCCCCUCGUGCCCAGGUCCCUCUGCCUGGGGCCCCUGACCCAGCUCUCUUCACAUGGCCACAUUUUCUUUGGCCUGUGGAGAGCAGUAGGGCCUUUUGCUGCCUGUGGAUGGUGAGGGUCACUUAGGGCUGCAAGCUAAGAUCCAGUGUCCUCCCUCGUACCCUGAUUUUUCCCAGGACAGCUUCUCUUUCUCCCCACCCACUGUCAGUGGGGGACUUCACUGUGAACCCUCUCCCCCAAAUGAUGAGAGGCGACGGAUGGUGCUACCUCCAGCCUUCAGUGCUCACCUUGGAGGCACCACCCUCCCUGCCCCUCCCCUGCCGUACCUGCCUCUUUCCACUUCCCAUUUCAUUUUUUCUGGUGACUAGUGGCAUGGUGGUUUUGCCCAUCUGUACUUUUUUCCCCCUCCUUUUUUGACCUUUCCAUGCCACAUCUCCCCGGUGAGUUUGAGAGUGUUUCUGAGAGGGGAAAGUACCUUUUGCUAUCUGGUGCUUGAACUCUCUGGGGAGCCUGUGCCUGGUAGAAGAGAUGUGGCUCGUGUCCAUGUCUGUGUUCAUGUCUGUGAUCUGAGCCAAACUGUUGGUCUCGUCAUCAUUGGCUUGAGUUAAGAUUAGGAUGUAUUUUGUUCAUGUCCGCGUCACAUAACUACGGUGUUUAUGCUCAUGGGAUUGUGCUGGUUAGAAGGAAGCCCCCCCAGUGUGAAUGAAUUUGUGGCAGUGAGAGAGCGUUGGGUCUUCAGAAGCUGCCAAGCUUUACGUAUAGUUGUGUUCAAGGAAGUUGUUUUAUUUUUCUAAAAAAACUUUUUUUAACCAGUUAAGUGUUGGGGAAAAGUGAAUGUCUUAGACUCUUAUGUCCUAGGAGACUUCAGGUUUCUUACUCUUGAAAGGUUUUUUGUUACUAUUUUUUACCAAGUGUUGGGAGAAGGACGGUGGCUGAGGGAGUCAAAUGAGGCCUAAGGGAAUCCCCUGCCCCUCCCCGAUCUGAGAUUUUUGAACCUGCUUCCUGCCCUCCAGGGGUUUUGGGGCCUCCAGACCUCCUGGGGAGAUGGAGUAUCUGCUUUUUUACAAACUUAACUUGGGGGCUAAGAGGCAGCCUGAGUUAGGAAGACCUGGCUUUAAGUCUUACUACUGACGUAGGCUGGUGAUAUGACCCUGGGCAAGUCACUUGACCCCCAGCAACUCUCUAAGACUAAGUUCCGGAGGAAUUGAUCUCCUUGGGUGGGGAGGGAGUUCCCCAAACCAGUGAAAUCACAAUCUGGACCUAAGCCCACUCUUUCCCAAGUAAGCAGUUGGUGCACUAAGAGUUUGAUGUCACUCAGUCCUAACUAAUUAGAACUUUAAAAAUAGGUGGGUUUUUUCAGUUUUUAGUAAAAUAGCUCAAACAGUAAAGUUUUUGUUUGCUUGUUUGUUUUAAGCACAAGCACCCCCACUGUUGGCCCAUUGGCUCCCUUCCCAAAGAAAUAGUGAGUGGGGAGACUAGAUAGUACUGAAGUCUCACAGGUGGGCCAGAGCAGCCACAUCCCCCCGCCCCUCAAGACUCGGGAGCUGCCUUGAGAGGAGAGCCUCCCCUUCCUCCCCAGCCCAGCUCAUCUGGCCUCUGCAAGGGGCUCCUCGAUGGGGAAGCCAGGCAGCCAAACCGCCAGCCACAUGACCCUCUCCCGAGCUUUCUUCACUCAACAUUAUUAGUGGGGCAUGUGCUUUAGGGUGGUGUCAAACUGUGUAUUGGGGUGGGGGGUGGGGGCAUGGC